AACAUGCCGUGCGGCGUAGCGCAGUGAGCAAGACCAACCGGCGGCGGCGGGGUCAGCGACGACGGGAGAGCAUGGCGACGGAGUUCGAUUCCGGGGAGCGAGCAGCGGAGGAGGACCGCAUCACGGCUCUGCCGGAGGCGCUGCAGCUGCACAUCCUGGGCCUCCUCCCGUUCAAAUCCGCCGUCCGCACGGGCGCGCUCUCCACCCAGUGGCGCACGCUCUGGACGCGCCGCUGGCCGGCGCCCUCCUCGCUAGACCUCCGCCUCGCCCCGCACGAUUCGCCGCAGCAGCUCCUGGACUCCCUGGAGCGGCGCGGGCGGCGGCGCCUGGACCGGUUCUCCAUCUCGUUCCACACCGGCCAGCUCAACGACGAGGAUUUCGGCCGCUGCCUCGACUACGCCGCCGCCUGCGCCGUCGCGGACCUCGACGUCGUCCACCUCUCCAACUCCAGGUCUCCAACCUCUCCCGCUCCAGCUCCCCAACUCCAGGUCUCCAACCCCUUCCGCCUGCCGCCGGGCGGCAACCCACACCUUGCGCGCCUCUCCCUCACCGGCACCUACAUCGACUACUUCCGGCACCAGGAGCACCCCUACCCUUUCCUCGAGGCCAUCCACCUCCACCGCGCCACCGUCUCUGACGCCACCCUCCUCAACCUGCUCGCCGCAGCCCGUCCCCUCCUCCGCACACUCGACAUACGCUACUGCAAAGACCUGACCUGGGUCAACCUCGCCAUAGCCGGGCCUAACCUGAAGAACGUCGCCGUCGCGGAGUGCGAAUCCCUUACCGACUUUCUCAUAACCAACCCAUCCAGCCUCCGCUCCUUCCGCUACAGUGGCGCCUAUCUGGCCGCAAACCUAAUCCCGGCCAGCUCUACCAUCGACGACCUCUACAUCUGCUUCGGGGGACCUGCCUGCCGCCGGCUGAGACAGCGGUGGGUAGUAUACAACAAACACAAUAGACCAGCAGUGCGCGGAUAUUGGCUUCAUAAACUUAUCAACCUCUCUAAUCUCACCGUGCUUACCCUCUGCAGCAGUGCCUUGCGGAGAGUUUCUGCCAAGGCUCGGGCCAGGUCAACAGACGGAAAUGCCGCCUCGUGCAAAUUGCAGAGUUUGAAGGAGGUGCAGCUGCUCAUGUUCGCAAUGUACAACGAAAAUUUGGAUGACAUUAUGGCUUUCCUCAUGACCUGCUGCGCCCCUCGGCUGGAGAGACUGUUUGUGCAGCUUCCAACAAGGAGAGAUCAAUAUAAGCCAGAGGAAGAACCAUCGGAAUCAGAGGUAGAAGCAUCAGAAGAUCUGUCCAACGGAGAAGAGUCUGAGGAAGAUCAAUCAGAGCAAUAUGACUCAGAGGAGGGGUCAGAGGAAUAUCACGCAAACGAAGACGAAUCAGACGAAGAUGGUUCAGAGGAAGAUCACUCACAAGACUACUCAGAUGAAUAUCACUCACAAGGCGACUCUGAGGAAAAUCACUCAGAAGAAGAUGACUCGGAGGAAGAUCACUCACAAGAAGGCGACUUAGAGGAAAAUCACUCACAAGAAGAAGAAUCAGAGGAAGAUCACUCAGAAGAAGAUGACUCGGAGGAAGAUCACUCACAAGAAGGCGACUUAGAGGAAAAUCACUCACAAGAAGACGAAUCAGAGGAAGAGGAGGAAGAUCACUCGCAAGAAGAUGAACCAGAGGAAGAUCACUCACAAGAAGACCACUCAGAGGAAUAUCACUCACUUAGCGACUCAGAGGAAUAUCACUCAGAAGAAGAUGACUCUGAGGAAGAUCACUCACAAGAAGGCGGCUUAGAGGAAAAUCACUCACAAGAAGAUGAAUCAGAAGAAGAUCGCCCAAAGGAAAAUGGGUCAGAGGAACAAGGGUUUGCGGAAGGUCAAUCAAAGGAAGAUGGGUCAAAGAGACAUCUCUCUAAUGGAGGAGAACUAGUGGAUGAUACACAUAAUGGCUGUGAAAACCUUAUGUUGCUAAAGAUGACGAAUUUCAUAGGCCAUCACAAUGAAAUGCAGCUAGUAAGCUUUGUGUUGAAGAAGUAUGCUUGUCUCAACCAAUUGAUGUUGUUUACUCCUGAAAGUGAUCACCAAGGAAGACCCCAACAGGAUCAUCUGAAUACAUCCGAUUUUCUUCAAACACAACUACUGCACCUCGAGAAGGCCUCUCUAAAUGCCCAGAUAAUCCUCAGCGAACCUGAUGUUGAUGCUAUCAAGCCGUUGCAUUCGGAGACAUUUGUCAAGGUUUAGUUAUUUGUCAAUGGUGAACUUUUGAUCAGAUAAUGUUAGAUAAAAAAUGCUAGUAACUUUGAGGUAAUAUGAUGUGCCAGCUAAUUGGCAAGAGUCGCAGGAUUAUCUCAUUUGGUAGUCCAUGAAAGAUGAAGGGUGAUAGAGUAUUUUGUUCAAGGAUCACCGCCUUAUGCUGUGUUACUUAAUUAAACUAUUUCAAGU